AGGAAGUGAAAUGAAGCGAGAGUGUUUUUCUACGUCGACGUUUCUAGAGAGCCGAAAGUAAUGUCUUCUGGGGCUUGGACACGCCGACACACAUCGCUGCUUACGUGAUUUUUUUAAUUUUUAAUUUUUUUGAGCGUUUUUUUGCCCCCACAAUUCUGCUUGACGUCGUUCCCGCGCAUUUGUCUCCGCUAGACUCCUGCCUUCAGGGUUUGGACAGCGCCUGCUUCUUUCUUCUUCUGAGGCAGCGUCGCACACAUGGAGCCCCGCGUCGUGUGAUCCCGGGAAGGGCUUGGAAUAGCACACACGCCAUCCCUCCCGCGAUGCUACCGUCUCCCCGGACUCGGUGACGGCCGAAGCAUGGUGCCCUCUGGCCGGGGGAGCUGGAUUUAUCGCACGCUGGCCCCAGAAAGUCGAUACCGGCGCUCGACGGAUCGGUCAGCCCACUCAUCUUCUUCACUGCCGGGGCAAUUGAGUCACGACCACCGCACGUUCCGCGAUGUUGAGCCGGCGAACACGGGAGGUGUGGAAGGAGCCUGGUCACUGCUGUGGUGAAUAGACAUCGCGCCUAAUUUAGUGUAAACGUCCACUAUCCCAAAGCCUCUCAACAUGAGCAACCACCAGCCCCCGACCCAAGCUGCGUCCUCAGAGCUGGAGGUGAUCUCUCAGCAGGUGGAGGAGGACAACCAGCGUGUGGCCCCAGUUAAGAUCGUCAGCUUCUCCUACAGAGACUUACCUCUGGCUGCCCUAGAUGUGUCCCUUGCUGGAUCUCAGCUCAUUUCAAACCCAGAUGAAGAUGAUAACAGAGAGGGGUCCAACUGGCUGAAGCCGUGCUGCGGAGGGCGAGCGGGGCUGUGGCAAGUGUGUCUGGCCUCAGCCGGCUUCAACUGUGUCCUUGUGGCCUGCGUGGUUCUGGUGGUCGUCCUGCUGACUUUGGAGCUGCUCGUCGACACCAAGCUGUUGCAGUUUAAUAACGCAUCCCAGUUUGCUGGCAUCAUCCACUGGAUCAGUCUGGCAAUCCUGUCAGUCUUCUUCACUGAGACCGUGUUCAGGAUCGUGGUCCUGGGGAUCUGGGAUUACAUUGAGAACAAAGUAGAGGUGUUCGAUGGAGCCGUCAUCGUCCUCUCGCUGGCCCCUAUGGUGGCCUCCACUGUGGCCAACGGCCCUAGCAGCCCCUGGGACGCCAUUGGCCUCAUCAUCACGCUGCGUAUCUGGAGGGUCAAAAGGGUUAUUGACGCCUACGUGCUGCAAGUGAAGGUGGAGAUGGAACUGGAGAUCCAGCAGUAUGAGAAGGCCAAAGCGCUAAGAGAGGAGCAACUUGACCGCCUUACUCAGAUUUGCCAGGAGCAAGCAUUUGAAAUCCGGCAGCUGAGGGCCCACCUGGCCCAUCAGGACCUGGAUCUGGUGGCAGAGCGUGAAGAAGCCAUGCAGAUCCACCAUAUGUGGGGUAAACCGAGCAGCAGUUUCCAUGAGGUGGACGGACUGGCCCCUGGGAGCUCCGAACAUCACAGGCCGGCCAAAGUCAGAGAGCCCGGGGGGCCCUCAGCCCACCACGGCCAGGACGACAUGAACAACUACAUCAGUCAGUAUUACAGCGAGCCAAGCAGCGACAUGGGCGUCCCCGACCCCGCCGCACGCGUCAUCACCACAGCGGCAAUUGACGUCCACCUGCCCAACAACCCCAGCCAGCUUCCUCCUUCUCUGGUAAGUGCAGACGCCGUGUCCGGCAGCGGCCUCUUGCGGCGCGCCAACAGCUCGGCGAGCGAAGCGUCCGCCACCACGGCGUCUCACAUCAGCAGCCGCACGCUGGGGUCGUCCACAGACUGGAGCUCCACCGUGCGCGAGGCGUCCACGUCCACGGACUACAGCGACCAGCGCUGCUACCCUCCGCCCUACAGCAGCACGCAGCCCAGAGGAAGCCCCAGCGCGGUGGUGCAGGAACUCCUCUCCUCGCUGUCGGGGGACUCCUGUCUCGCCCAGAAGGGUUUGGACCCGGUCAACCUCAAACCCCCGAGCCCGACCGGUUCCACCAAACACAGCCCCGAGCUGGAGCACAGGGUCAACAUCUACAACAAGAGGAACCAGGAAUCGCACACCAAACCUCUCAUCCACCUGCAGGGCAAGGAAGCCUUCCUGGAGGAGAAGUACAGGAUGAUGGAGCCAGUAGACGCUCCCAUCCAUCGUCUGUCGGAAACAUAAGACAGCGGGAAGCUCAACACUUAUCAGGAAAUGACUCACUUUUAUCAACCUUUUACCAGCAACAGGCACAAACCUCAUGCAACGACGCAGCGGUUUUAUAAUAAAAAAGCCUAAAAAAGGGUUUGAUGGAGCAAAAGUUAGGGGUGUAACGGUACGUGUAUUUGGAUUGAACCGUUUCGGUACGGGGGUUUCGGUCCAGUGCGGAGGUGAACCAAACGAGUUUCCAGACGGACAUAUUAAGUAGCGUAAACAAUACCCAAAAUGCCGGACAUUUGAGGCAUUUAAAGACCUACUGAAAGCCACUACUAGCGACCACGCAGUCUGAUAGUUUAUAUAUCAAUGAUGAAAUAUUAACAUUGCAACACAUGCCAAUAUGGCCUUUUCAGUUUACUUAAUUACAAUUUUAAAUUUCCCGCGGAGUUUCUUGUUGAAAACGUCGCGGAAUGAUGACGCGUGCGCGUGACGUCCCGGGUUGCAGGGGACAUAUUAGCCCAGCACCAUUUGCGGCUAAAAGUCGUCUCUUUUCAUGGCGCAAUUACACAGUAUUCUGGACAUCUGUGUUGCUGUAGCUUUUGCAAUUUGUUUAAUUAAAAAUGGAGAAGUCAAAGUAGAAAGAUGGAGGUGGGAAGCUUUAACCUUUAUCCACACAAACAAGGUGUUUCCUUGUUUAAAAUUCCCAGAGAUGAAACUUUACUGUGGAUCAGAGCGGUCAAGCGAACAUGGUUCCCGACAACUUGUCAACCGGCAGGUUUCGGUGAGAAAAUUGUGGUAAAAAGUCGCCUUUUACCGGGGAUCAGCUGAGCUUGCUCCGUCCAUGCAGCUGCCGUCGACUUCCCUCAGAGACUGGCGCCAAGACACCCGUGGACACACGACUCCGACUAUCAGGUACUGUUAAACUCACUAAAACACCAGCAACACAAUAGAAAGAUAAGGGAUUUCCCAGAAUUAUCCUGAUACAUGUGUCUAGAAACAUCUGAAUCCGUCCCAAUGCAAUCGCCUUUUUUUUUUGUCUACUCCUUUACUAUCAAUAUCAUCAUCCACAAAUCUUUCAUCCUCGCUCAAAUUAAUGGGGAAAUUGUCGUUUUCUCGGUCCGAAUAGCUCUUGCUGCUGGAGGCUCCCAUUAUAAACAAUGUGGGGACGUGAGGAGCCCUCACCCUUGUGACGUCAUCAUCUGCGACUUCCGGUACAGGCAAGGCUUUUUUAUUAGCGACUAAAAGUUGCGAACUUUAUCGUGGAUGUUCUCUACUAAAUCCUUCCAGCAAAAAUAUGGCAAUAUCGCGAAAUGAUCAAGUUUGACACAUAGACUGGACCUGCUAUCCCCGUUUAAAUAAGAAAAUCUCAUUUCAGUAGGCCUUUAAGAAACUCUGCCCUGACAGCUCCGCAAAAGAAGACAUGUCCGGUGAAAAGAGGACACAUGGUCAGUUUAUCCUAGCCCGGUCGCCUCUAGCACCGGACAUGUCCUCUUUUGCUAGCAUGCUAGCAGCGACCGGGCUAGGAUAGACUGACCAUAUGUCCUCUUUUUACCGGACAUGUCCUAUUUUGCGGAGCUGUCAGGGCAGAGUUUCUUAAAUGCCUCAAAUGUCCGGCAUUUUGAGUUAUGGUUGCGUGUGUUAACAAUGUACGUUCAGGGUUAAGAAGGGGUUAAAAACAAAACACAUUUUUCGCGCAACAGCAGCAUUUGUGAGGGAGGGGCAGAGAGCGAGAGAGUUAUGAUAAUCGCGCAUGUGUCGCCAGGCUCUGCUUUUUAUCCAUUGAUUUAUCAGAUUUAAUUUUUUAUUAUCUAUAGCAGGGGUGUAAAAAGUGUGCCCCGGAGGCCGUUUGCGGCCCACAGCUAAUGUUUUACAAGGCCCGCGGCAUAUUCUAAAAAUACUAUUAAAAUAAACAAAAACAUAAAAGAAGUGAAACAAAGAAGCUUGAAGGUUAAAUGUAAUUUAGAAAAAGUUUGCAAUGUUGACUACUAAAACAAAGCUGGUUUUUUUCCUUUCAAACUGUCAUUGCUCAAAACAUAAUAUUGAAUCAAAAUCAAUGUUAUUAUGAAUUAUUGACCUAUCCAAUGUUCCCAUUACUUCACAUCAAAUAUUCCACUAAGAAAAAUACUUUUGGUGGAAGAUUAUGCAAAUUUGGUAAAUAAAUAACCAAAAAAAUUAUAUUUUGUUGUUUUCUUACUGUACCGAAAAUGAACCAAACCGUGACCUCUAAACCGAGGUACGUACCGAACCGAAAUUUUUGUGUACAGUUACACCCCUAGCAACAGUGGAUCGUUGUUGCCAUACCAAGUCAUUUCUAAACUUCUCUCUUUCUAUUUUAACAAUGUUUGUAAUAUAAAUUCAAUGGACGGAGUUUUGCCACUACGUUUUUUGGAAUCUAACCAGUCUGAGAUUUGAAAAUUGAAAACGUGGCUGCACAUGACGUGAAGUGGAAACCGUGGUGUAGCUGUGUAAAUAUUUCAAAACAGGAAGUCCUAAAUGCGGCUACCACAAAAUUGAUCAUGGCAUGAACCUUUCAAAACAUUGCACACCAACUUUAUUGUACUGUCUGGCGUUUUUUUAUCUCGCUCAUGGACCGCCGGCACUGCGGAGUGGAGCCAAUAAAAGGAAGAACAAGACAA